GCAUGAGGCGGCUGAAGAUCUGUAUGGUUUCCGACUUCUUUCACCCAGGCCUCGGGGGGGUAGAGAUGCACAUCUACCAGCUCUCCGAGUGCUUAAUUCAGCGAGGUCACAAGGUGAUUGUGCUCACCCACAUGCGGGGCAAUCGACAAGGUGUUCGCUAUAUGCGUAAUGGCCUGAAGGUGUACUACCUGCCCUUUCUUCCAUUUCAUGACAAUUGUACAUUUCCAACAUUUCUCUCGUUCUUUCCUCUCAUCAGGAAAGUGCUUAUCAGAGAGGACGUUGACAUCGUCCAUGGACAUCAAGCAACUUCGAACCUAGCGCAUGAGUGCAUCCUCCACGCACGCACCAUGGGCUAUCACACGGUCUACACAGACCAUUCUCUCUUUGGCUUUGCUGAUGCAGCUUGCAUUCACGUCAACAAGCUUUUGAAGUUCUUUUUGACCAACGUUGAGCACUGCAUCUGCGUAUCUCACACGAAUCGAGAAAACCUCGUCCUUCGUGCGGCUCUAAAUCCUAGUGACGUUUCGGUGAUUCCCAAUGCGGUGGAUACCAGGCGUUUCCAGCCAGAUGCAUCGCAGCGCUCGGCGGAGCCCUGGAUCACAGUGGUGGUGGUCAGUCGCUUGACCUACCGAAAGGGUGUGGACUUGUUGGUGGGCGCGGUGCCCGUGAUUUGCCGCAGGCAUCCGCAUGUGCGCUGGCUAAUCGGUGGCAGUGGGCCAAAGCAGCUCCUGCUGGACGAAAUGAUUGAACGGGAGAAUCUACAUGAUCGGGUGGAGCUGCUGGGGGCUGUCCCUCAUGAAGAUGUGCGCAAGGUGCUGGUCAGAGGCCACAUCUUCCUGAACACCUCCUUGACGGAAGCUUUCUGUAUUGCCAUUGUGGAAGCUGCUGCCUGCGGCCUCAUGGUGGUGUCCACCAACGUCGGGGGUGUACCAGAGGUGUUACCGCCUCACAUGACCCGGCUGGCAGCUCCUCGGGUGGAUGCAGUGGUUGAGGCUUUAGAGGACGCAUUGCUGUGCUUGCCUCCGGCGGAGGCUGCAGAAAGGUUCCAUGCGGAGGUCAAGGAGAUGUACUCCUGGCAGGAUGUCGCUCACCGCACGGAAGCUGUUUACAGGGAGGAGGUGCUGCGACAGCCUCGCCUGUCCUUGCGGCAGCGGCUACUGGGUUUCCUUCAUGUGGGACCUGUGUCUGGAAAGCUCUUCAUGCUUCUGGUGGCCUUGGAUACUUUGCUCUAUUGGUUGCUGGAAUGGCUCCAACCAGCUUCGGAGGUCCAGAUGGCCUGGGAUGCGCCACCCUGGAGAUCCAAAGACCAAGGUGGCUUGGCAGGUUCCAGUGCAGAGACAGCUGGCUUCCGGGAGAAAAAGAUGCCUCCGCCAGGGAUUCGGAUCAUUGGAUUUGCGUUGGCAUAG